AUGGUGAAUCUGGAGCCCAUGCACACAGAUAUCAAGAUGAGUGGGGAUGUAGCUGAUCCCACGGAUGCUCGCGGUGCCCUCAGCCAGGUGGAGCCAGGAAAUGAUCGCAAUGGUCUAGAUUUCAGCAGGCAGAUUAAAACAGAAGACCUCAGUGACUCCCUACAGCAGACCCUCUCCCAUCGGCCAUGCCACCUGAGCCAAGGACCCACCAUGAUGCCUGGAAACCAAAUGUCUGGGGUAAAUACUCACUCUGUUUGCCAAGACAUGGCUUCCCUCCAUCCUCUCCAGCAGCUCGUUCUGGUGCCUGGUGGUCACUUACAGUCUGUAUCCCAGUUCCUGCUAUCCCAGAGCCAGCCGGGGCAGCAAGGUCUGCAGCCAAAUCUUCUCCCCUUUCCACAGCAACAAAGCAGCCUGCUCCUCCCACACACUGGGCCCGGCCUCGCGUCCCAGGCAGUUGGGCGCCCCGGGCUGCCAGGGUCCUCAUUAGAGCCCCACCUGGAAACACCUCAGCAUCUCCCAGUGCCCAAGCAUCUCCCCAGCUCUGGAGGAGCCGAUGAGCCCAGCGACCUGGAGGAACUGGAGAAGUUCGCCAAGACCUUCAAGCAGAGGCGUAUUAAGCUGGGCUUCACACAGGGAGACGUGGGGCUGGCGAUGGGGAAGUUGUACGGCAAUGACUUCAGCCAGACCACCAUAUCCAGAUUCGAGGCCCUCAAUCUGAGCUUCAAGAACAUGUGCAAGCUCAAGCCGCUGCUGGAGAAGUGGCUGAACGAUGCAGAGUCUUCUCCAUCAGACCCCUCAGCGAGCACGGCCAACUCUUACCCCACCCUCAGCGAGGUAUUUGGGAGGAAGAGGAAGAAGCGGACCAGCAUUGAGACCAACAUCCGCCUGACUCUGGAGAAGAGAUUUCAAGAUAACCCCAAGCCCAGCUCAGAGGAGAUCUCCAUGAUUGCAGAGCAGCUGUCCAUGGAGAAGGAGGUGGUGAGGGUCUGGUUCUGCAACCGACGCCAGAAGGAGAAGCGGAUCAACUGCCCAGUGGCCACGCCCAUCAAAUCCCCGAUCUACAAUUCCCGGCUGGUCUCUCCCUCGGGGUCUCUGGGCCCCCUUUCCGUUCCUCCCGUCCAUAGCACCAUGCCUGGAACAGUAACGUCAUCCUGUUCCCCUGGGAACAGCAGCAGGCCCUCGUCUCCUGGCUCAGGACUCCACGCCGGUAGCCCCACUGCAUCUCAGAAUAGCUCCAAAGCAGCAGUGAACCCUUCCUCCAGUUUUAACUCUGCAGGAUCUUGGUACCGAUGGAAUCAUCCCACCUACCUCCACUGAGACCAAAAAGUUUCUCCUACACGCCCUGGCC